CCGCCUGCCAACGGGCCCAGCACCAUGGGGGAAUACCAAUUCCGCAAGCCAGCACUCCCUUGGCAGGCAGGCAUCCCCGGAUUCGCGAGCGUUUACUUCUCUCUCGGUCUUCUUGCUCGGGGAUAUCGGUCUUCUCGCUCUUCACCGAGCAAGCAAAGAGAAGAGAGAGAGAAAGAGAGAGAGAGAGGAGAAAAUCCUCCGGCUAGUGGCUCAUCUUCCUCCGAAAACUCCACCAAUUUCAUCCAAUUAAUCUCGAUUUCUAGCUUUCUAAUGGCGGAAGCCGCGGCCGUGUCCGCCCUUCUGAGAGUAGUAAUCGGGAAGCUGGCCACCGGUGCGUGGAAGGAGCUUGCCCCGCUAAAGAAAGUCCGGAGAAACAUCAGAAAGCUCCAGAGCGCUCUCUCCACCAUCCAAGACGUCCUCGAAGACGCCGAGGAGAGAUCUCCCCGCGAGAAAGCUCUCCACAACUGGCUGCGCAAGCUCAAGGAUGCAGCCUACGAUGCUGACGACGUGGUCGACAAAUUCCACAUCGUAGCUCUCCGGCGAAGGCGGCGACACGGAAAAGUAAGCAGACUCUUCUCACUUCCCCUUCCUCUUGCAUUUCGCUUUCGGAUGACUAGGAAAAUCAAGAAGAUUACGAAGAGAUUGGAUGAGAUUGCAGCUGAGAGAAUCAAGUUUCAUUUGAGAGAGGGGCCUGUCUCGGAUAGGCGGGUGGAAAUCGGCCAUCGGCACACGAGUUCGGCGGUAGAUGAGUCUGAGGUUAUUGGAAGAGACGGGGACAGGGAGAAAUUGGUUCAUUUGUUGGUUGAUACCGGUAGCGACAAGGAUGUCGUCAUAGUUUCGGUAGUCGGCAUGGGGGGUCUCGGCAAGACCACUCUUGUCAAAUUAGUUUAUAAUGAUGAAAGGAUUAGUAGCGACUUUGAGCUUCGGAUUUGGAUCUGCGUCUCCGAAGAUUUUGACAUAAGGAGGCUGACAAGGGCGAUGAUAGAAUGCGUCACUCAAGAGGAUUGCCGCCUAUGUGAAUUGGAACCCAUGCAGCUCCGUCUCCGAUCGCUGCUCCGAGCGAGGAAAUUCUUGCUUGUUCUCGACGAUGUUUGGAAUGAGAAUGCAGAGAAGUGGGAUGAUUUCAAGUGCUUGCUGAGAGGCAGCGCAGCUGGAAGCAAAGUCAUUGUAACCACACGGAACGAGAGAAUUGCGGUGAUGAUGGGUAGCAUUGCUCCCUUCCAAUUAAAAGUUUUAGCAGAUGAUGACUGUUGGACUCUGUUCAAGCAUAAGGCUUUUGGAAUGGAGAGAGUGAAGGAGACUUCAAGUUUAGAAGCAAUUGGAAAGGAGAUUGUCCAGAAAUGUGGAGGGGUGCCUUUAGCGGUGAAGGCUCUCGGAAGCCUAAUGAGCACUAAAAGAGAUGAAGCAGAGUGGUUAGCUAUCAGAGAUAGUGAAAUUUGGAGAUUAUCACAGGAAAGGACUGAAAUAAUUCCUGCCCUAAGGUUGAGUUAUGAUCAUUUACCAUCUCGGUUGAAGCAGUGUUUUGCGUAUUGUUCAUUGUUCCCGAAAGAUUAUGAAAUUAGGAAACAUGUGCUAAUUGAGAUGUGGGUAGCAGAAGGUUUCAUUUCGCCAACUGAUGAAGGGAUGCUUGAGGAGGAUGCCGGUAAUGAGUAUUUCAACGUGUUGCUUUGGAGUUCCUUUUUCCAAGAAGUCACAGAGUAUUUAUAUGGUAGUGUGAUAACAUGUAAGAUGCAUGAUCUAGUCCAUGACCUUGCUCAAUCAAUUGCAGGUGAAGAAUGCUUGACCAUGGAAGUUGGAAGCCAGAAAAAUAUUCCUGAAAGAUGCCACUAUUCAUCAUUAAUUUGUAAUGAGAUGUCAUUAACAAUUUCAAAGUUCUCUUCUGAGGCAAAAAAGCUGAGGUCAUUCCUUGUGCUGCAACCAGGUGACUAUUUCUCCCACAGUCGCAGUCCUGCAGAGGUUCCUAAAAAUAUGCUAUCUACUCUAACUCAUUUGAGGGUUCUCGAUUUGAGUGGGUGUAGAAUUAUAAAGCUUCCUAAUGCAAUUGGCAAGCUGGAACAUCUGAGGUUUCUUGACCUGUCAAGGACUGAGGUUGAAACUUUACCGAACUCUAUCACUCAUCUCCAUAACCUGCAAACACUGAACCUUCGAGGCUGCAGAGAACUGCAUCAGUUACCUAAAGGAAUAAAAAACUUGAGCAACCUUAGGCAUCUGGAUAUAAGUGGAUGCAAAUUGUUGGAACGAAUGCCCUCAGGAAUGGGGCAAUUACGUAAUCUUCAGACAUUAACAAUGUUCACCGUGGGUGAGGAUUGUGGGAGUACCUUUGCUGAGCUGCAAGGCCUGAACCUAAUAAGAGGUUAUCUCGAAGUCAAUAAUCUCCAACAUUUGAAGAAUCCUGAGGAAGCUGUGGAAGCUGAGUUGAAGGCAAAGAGGGGGCUGCGAAUGUUGCAAUUAAACUGGAAAAGAGAGGCAGAUUCAGUGCCAGGCGAAAAUGUUGAGAAUGUUCUAGAAGGCCUCAAGCCACAUAGUAAUCUGGAGCAGCUGGAGAUAAAAGAGUAUGGGGGCAUCAAUUUUCCAGUAUGGAUGACAGCAAUAGAACCAUUGUCAUCUUAUACAAGUCUGGUCCGAAUCAAUCUAUCUAAUUUUGAAAGAUGCACACGUCUUCCACCACUUGCACAACUUCCAUCACUUAAAUUUCUAAUUUUAGUCAGUUUUUCUGCUUUAAGGACCAUCAGCACAGAGUUCUAUGGUGACACAGGCACUUUUCCCUCACUAGAAAGUCUUCAAUUCAGGCACAUGCCUAAUUUGGAGGAAUUGCUGCUUGCAAUACCUGGAAGAGAGACAUUCCCUCGCCUCACUUAUUUCAGAGCCGUAGGCUGUCCCAAUUUGACAGCACAACCAUCCAUUCCAUCCUCAAUCAGGAGUUUGGAAAUACAGAAAUGCAAAAUGGAGCUAUUGUUAGCUGGUGACAGAAUCAAUCUGGGUUCAUCAUCAUUUUCACACCUCAGGAAACUGGUCAUUUAUAAUUGUAGAGCACCAUCACCAUCCUGGUGGAACAGGCUGCAGUACUUCACAGCCCUUGAGGAUUUAAGAAUUGAUGGAUGUGAAGAUCUAACUUGUUUGCCAGAAGGUAUUGUGCAGCACUUCUCUUCACUUCGGAUCAUGACCAUUGGCAAUCACCCAAAUUUGAGCUCUUUAGGGGAAGGAGGGCCGCAGCAGUGUCUUCUUACUUCACUCCGUCAUCUAAAGAUUUACAGAUGUGCCAGAUUGUCUGCUUUACCCGAAUGGCUGGGUGGCCUCACAUCACUCCGGCGUCUGGAAAUUAUAAAUUGUCGCAAUCUAGCAAGCUUGCCUGAUGGGAUGCGGCUGCUUACGACACUUCAGGAUCUCAGCAUCAGACAUUGUCCUCUUUUGGAGCGUCGAUGUGAGAGGGAGAUAGGCGAGGAUUGGGACAAGAUUGCACAUAUUCCACGCAUUGAUAUAAGGUUAACAAGUGCUUCAACUAUGUAAAUAGGUGCAUCAUGAUCACCACAUAUUGUUGUCUUCUGACAAGCUCUUCACCUCACAUCAUUCUUGUCUGCAAAGUUUCAACAGUAAAGUAAGAGAUCUUCAAAGUUCGGAGUGCUGUACUGCCAUGGAUAUCUUUUCUAACCCCCCCUUGGAUAUUGGAAAUCAUGGAGGAAACGAAGGUUCUCUCUCAAAUGAGACAAAUACUCAUGUUAUGACUCUAAUGUGUUAUCUGUCUAUAAUAUUAUAUAGCAUUUCUAUUCAUUCUUAUCAUAAAUGACCAUCUACGCUAUGAUGUAAUUUUGGGAUGUCUUUGUUUCUUUCUUUCUGUCCAAUGAUCUUUUCUCUUCUGGAGACUCUAGUUGGAUUUCUGAAACUCAGAAGACUCCCCACAUCUGUGCUUUCUAGUUAAUCUCAAGUAAAUAAAAAAUAACAUGCUCAUGAAAUUUCCGCAGUUUAAUAGUUCCUUUUGACAUAGGAUAGGGAGAUAUUUCACUCUGUUUUUCCAGGGGCUUCGGCGAUGAAUGACUUGGCAGAAGAUACAGCUUCCUGCAUAGCCGAGCAGGAAAUUUCUUCAAAUAUUGGUGCUUUGAUUUUUAUGUGUUACUGAUCAAUUAUAUUGAACGUUAUCAGCAGACAUGCAUCAUGAGAGUUGAAGGACAAUUCUGAUUGGUGGGUUAAAUUGCAGGUGCACCUUUGCAUCCUUUUUUUUUUUUGGUAAAAAAAUCUUUGCAUCCUUCAAUCCUCAUCCAUAGAUGAAACCAGAAGAUCCAAUACAAACUGUCGAUCCAACUAUUUUCCGUCUCUGUGUGAACGCAUCCCAAGUGAGCAACUCAAGGCCAGAUUAAUUUUACCGUUAUUGUACACUAAUCCAGACACUGCUCUAACAUGCAAUAUUUUUUUUUUCAGUGGGUGAUAGACUUGUGCUUAUGUUAAAUCUGCAUGUCUGAACUAGUUC